GAUAUGCUGUGUUUCCCCUGGCUAAAUAAAAAAAGAGAAGUAACAAUACCCAUGGUCAUUAUUCAAUCUGAUGGCUUGAGGGCUUGUGUAGACAUAGCUAAGUUUAGUGUUAAAUAGUUGUAUAAUCAUUUCUUUAGGGUUGAUAGUACAUCAGAGAAAGAGAGGAAGGAGGGUAAGCUGAACCAGGACAGAAGUGGUGUUAACCAUGAGGAAUACGGUGUGGCUGCUCUGUCUAUGUACUGCUCAUUUCUGGUGUGAAUCCAACACCAGCUCUGUUGCUACACCAAAGAGUGGAUCAAUUAAAAAUCCAACUGCAAAUCCAAUCACAACGACCACUGCUGUGCCAACAACUCCAGCACCUCCAUCUAAUGUCAAUAAGGUAGAGGUGCUAAACCAAACUGAGACAGAACUAUGGCUGAAGUGGGAUAAAGUCAACAACAACAACAGCUACGAUUACAAACUGAGAAACAACAAUGGAGGAGAAGAGUCCAGCAUCAUCUCUGGAUCAGAUACAAACAAACACGUGGAAUACAAAGUCUCAUCUCUCUCUGCUGGGACAAACUACUCUUUCACUCUCUUCACUGUCUUUGAUGGAGUGAACAGCACAGGAUUUCCCUUCUCAGCAGUAACAGCUCCAUCUAAUGUCAAUAAGGUAGAGGUGCUAAACCAAACUGAGACAGAACUAUGGCUGAAGUGGGAUAAAGUCAACAACAACAACAGCUACAAUUACAAACUGAGAAACAACAAUGGAGGAGAAGAGUCCAGCAUCAUUGAUGGCUCUGCUGGGACAAACUACUCUUUCACUCUCUUCACUGAGUUUAAUGGAGUGAACAGCACAGGAUUUCCCUUCUCAGCAGUAACAGCUCCAUCUAAUGUCAAUAAGGUAGAGGUGCUAAACCAAACUGAGACAGAACUAUGGCUGAAGUGGGAUAAAGUCAACAACAACAACAGCUACAAUUACAAACUGAGAAACAACAAUGGAGGAGAAGAGUCCAGCAUCAUUGAUGGGUCAGAUACACUCAGCUACGUGGAAUACAAAGUAUCAUCUCUCUCUGCUGGGACAAACUACUCUUUCACUCUCUUCACUGAGUUUAAGGGAGUAAACAGCACAGGAUUUCCCUUCUCAGCAGUAACAGCUCCAUCUAAUGUCAAUAAGGUAGAGGUGCUAAACCAAACUGAGACAGAACUAUGGCUAAAGUGGGAUAAAGUCAACAACAACAACAGCUACGAUUACAAACUGAGAAACAACAAUGGAGGAGAAGAGUCCAGCAUCAUUGAUGGGUCAGAUGCACUCAGCUACGUGGAAUACAAAGUCUCAUCUCUCUCUGCUGGGACAAACUACUCUUUCACUCUCUUCACUGAGUUUAAGGGAGUAAACAGCACAGGAUUUCCCUUCUCAGCAGUAACAGCUCCCUCUGAUGUUACUCAGGUAAAUGUGGUCACCCGCUCUGAGACCCACCUACAGUUGAAAUGGACCAAAGUCAACAAUGACAAUAACUACAAUUACAUACUGAAAGACAGCAAUGGAGCAGAGGUUGACAUCGCUGGAUCAGAUGCAGGGACCACAGUGAAACACACAGUCUCAUCUCUCUCUGCUGGGACAGAGUACACUUUCACUCUCUUAACUGUGUUUGAGGGAGUGAGAAGCAAAGGAUUUCAGUUUUCAGAGGUUACAACAAUCAACUGUGCUGCCUCAGAGUGGACCGUCAGCCACUCCACCAUUGAGGCAGAGGUUCAGGGGGUCUUCACCACGGCAACAGCUAAUAAUGGGAGUGAAGUGAAUGGCCUUGUGGUGGGAAACAAAGUGUCCUUCUCCAACCUUUACCCUGGGGCUACUUACAGUGUGUCACUGUAUUAUGAGUUGGGUCAGGAGAAACUCUCACAGUGCUCACACAAUUUAACUUUUGUUACAGUUCCUCCAUUAGUGCAAAAUUUAAUAUGUGACGGUAGAGACUACUCUCUGAGUCUGAAGUGGGGGGAACCAGAUGGUGUGUGGACUGCAGUGGAAGUGAAUGUGAGUGGGAAAAGUUCAAAUGUAUCAGGAACACUAGAACUGAUAGUGGCUGGACUGCAGCCUGCAAAGAUCUACAGCAUCAGCAUCACAACACUCUCUGGAGCCACGAGGGGUUUAACUCAAUUAUUCAGCAGCUGUCAAACUCAAUCAACGGUCAUCUGGGUACCAGUGCUGGUCAUCAUUCUGCUGGGCCUCCUGGCAGCAAUGGGAGUGUUUAUGCUGCGGAGAAAGUCCCAGUUGCUCAGCAAAGUACACAUGCCAAUGUAUGAAAGGCACUCAGACACUGGUCCUUCACAAGACAAAUUUAAGGCCAUUUCAGUGAAGAAAUUUCCAGAUCAUUUCUACCACCUGAGCCGUGAUGAGAAUCGAGAGUUCACGGGAGAAUAUUUGCAAUUUAGCACUGUAGGAGCAGACCUAAGUCAGCAUGAAGCAAUUCUUCCAGAGAACAAGAGCAAAAACAGAUUCAUCGAUAUACUCCCAUAUGACUAUUCUCGUGUGAAGCUCAGUACCCGUGGCCAGAACUCAGACUACAUCAACGCCAACUUCAUACCUGGCUAUAGGGACAAGAAGAUGGAGUACAUUGCGGCUCAAGGUCCACUCACCUCCACUGUCAGCGACUUCUGGAGAAUGAUCUGGGAGCAAAAAUCCGAACGGAUUGUCAUGGUAACCAACUGUAUAGAGAAUGGAAAGGCUAAGUGUGACCAGUAUUGGCCUCAGGAUCCUUCUCCAUGUCGCCAUGGUGACCUACUCAUUACCAUGACGUCAGAGCGUAAAGACACCGACUGGAUCGUGCGUGAAUUGAUCGUAAAAAAUGAGGCCAAAUCCGAGGAAAGACGGGUGAAACAUUUCCACUUCACGGCCUGGCCAGACCAUGGUGUUCCUAAUGGAACCCAGGAACUAAUCGAGUUCCGUGGACUUAUUCGGCAACACAUUCACAGUUCUCGAUCCUCAGGGCCCACAGUUGUGCAUUGCAGUGCUGGAGUUGGCAGAACAGGCACUCUGAUAGCCUUGGAUGUGCUGCUGCAGCAGAUGGAGAGAGAGCAAGCCGUGGACAUUGCAGGGUUUGUCCAUCGCAUGAGACGCCAUCGGCCACGCAUGGUGCAAACAGAGUCCCAAUAUAUAUUUCUGCACCAGUGCAUCAAGGACUGCUUGCCACAGGAGAAAUCAGAGGAGCCGAUAUACGUUAACACAGCUAGCCCAGCUAUAAUUUAUGAAAACACUGCCGCCAUUACCUCCAACUAUAGGAACUGAUGAGAGUCUUUGACCUUCAUUUGCUGUUUUACAAGCUUAAAGAUAAAUGACAAAGGUAUCUGCUGAUAAAAUAAUCCUGUGAAGUCAAAUGACCACCAGAAUAACUAAAACACAUACAACUGCAUCAUGACUUUAUAUACUACCUGUUCACUCAUGGCCUAAGGUUUGGUUUGUGCUGCAUCUACUGGUCUGAUUUGGCAUAACGUCUCUGGUCAUGAACACACUUUUAACAGUUUAUAAAAACAGGCUUUAUUGUACCAAAGCAAUGUAAAUAGAACAUUUUGAGCUUGACAUUAUACUGGCUACUUUUCAGUGGAACGUCUACAUUUUAAGUUAGAAUGGUUGUAUUUCCUUACUAUUAUGUGACUACUAUUGAAUGAAAAUACAAAAAAAAAAAAUUUCUUCUCAGGUAAACAUACAGCUAAAUAUUAAAUCCCAGACCAUGCUUGUGGACUACAAAUGCACUGUAAUUCAUGCUACUUCAACAUGAACGAAAGAAUCAGGCACAAAAUCCAUCUCCAUGGUGUUUUAAACCCUAGCUUAAUAAAUGCAUUCUGAUUACUGGGGAGGGACUGCUCAUCAUGUAGAAAACAUAAGUAACAUGCACUGCUAACUUCUAAUUCAUCCAUGACAACUAAUUCAUCCAUGACAACUUCCUUAAAGUACUUGAAAUCUGUGUUUGUUGGACAGAAUUGAGAUAAGCACCACAAUGAACUCUUAAUAUCUACUAAUUCUGUGCAUUAGUAACAUGUCAGCAUUGUGAAAUUAAUAAGCUUAAAUUAAGCAUAAUUGUACUAAGCAUAAAUACAUAAUUUUAGCAGUAAAAUGUAAAUAAAAUGUUUAAUUUUU